AUGGCUGCCGUCAAAUUUGGUCCGGACUCAGUAGUCCCGCUGUGGCUCGACGGCCAACAACAUGUUACCGAAAGCACAUUUGACGUGAUUUCCCCAGUCACAUAUCAGGUUCUGUGGAAAUGUUCUUCGGCCGAAGAAAAUGACGUUGUGUUUGCGAUCGAAUCUGCUGAGAAGGCGUUCGAGACAUGGCGCUGGACCAAGCCGUGGGAGAGGAGGGAUAUCUUUCUGCGCGCAUACCAUCUCCUGAAGGAGCGCCGACAUGCAAGCAUGGCUCAUAGCACAACGGAAACCGGUGUGCGGGAAGUCAUGUUUGGGUUUGAGUACGGGACAGCAAUGGAGAUCUGUUUCCAACUGGCAGCCUUGGCUGGCAACGAAGCGGGUUUUGUUGUUGACCCAGAAGAGAAAGGCACCAGCGCCAUGGUGGUUCGUGAGCCGUAUGGCGUCGUUCUGGGCAUCGCCCCUUGGAAUGCGCCGCAUACACUAGGAUUAAGGGCUUGCUUGUUCCCAUUAGCAGCAGGAAAUACGGUGAUACUCAAAGGUCCCGAGUUGGCGCCAGCGACUUAUUGGCAUUUUGUCUCUAUUCUUCAUGAGGCUGGUCUCCCCGCGGGCUGCCUCAAUACCAUCUACCACAGACCUAGCGACGCGGCUAGGAUCACCGGCCAGCUUAUAGCCCAUCCUGCAAUCCGAAAGGUCAAUUUUUGUGGAAGCACGCUUGUGGGAUCUUCCAUUGCGAGCCUCUGCGGCAAAUAUAUUAAGCCUUGCAUCAUGGAGCUUGGAGGAAAAGGAGCUGCCAUAAUUUGCGAGGACGCCAAUAUUGCUCUGGCAGCCCAGCAGUGUGCUCUCGCGGCUUUUAAUCAUGCAGGUCAGGUGUGCAUGAGCACAGAGCGCAUCAUCGUUCAUCAAAAGGUCGCAGGUACAUUUAAAAAGGCACUGAAAACAACCAUCGAUGAGUUUUUCCCCGCAGAUGGCCCAAGCCCUAUUCUUAUCAACGAAAAGGGCGCUUUGAAGGCCCGUGGCUUGGUAGAGGACGCAAUCUCGAAGGGUGCCGUCGCAGUGCACGGGAAAUUGUCAAGCCCAGACGAGCAUGGUGAUGGGAAGAACCGCAUGCAUCCCGUUGUCGUUGAGGGAAUAAACCAGGAUAUGGACAUCUACUACAAGGAAUCUUUUGGGCCAUCAGUGUCUCUAUACACUGUCGAGGAUGACAACCAGGCACUGACUCUGGCAAACGAUACCUCUUUUGGGCUCACUGCGGCGAUAUUUUCCGAGGAUCUCCGGCGGGCAAUGAGAAUUGCCAAAAGAUUAGAAACUGGCGCUGUUCACAUUAAUAGUAUGACGAUCCAUGAUGAAGCCUCGCUACCUCAUGGAGGCGUUAAGGAAAGCGGGUACGGGCGAUUUAACGGGCGGGAUGGAUUGAAAGAAUGGCUCCGAAUCAAAUCCAUCACUUGGAGAGAUUAA